AUGCUGCGUGAAAAUGACGACGGCUCAGGUGUACGCCAGUUGGCCACUAUCAAUAUAAGGUCAACCGUGCUCCUUGGUUUUUUCAAAGCUCUGCAGGUAGGUUGCGAGAUUUGCUCGAUGAGUAGUACCUACGCAACACCUCCGUGCUUAUGUUUCUUGUCUCCAUUCACCGCGAUGCUCGUCUAUUACACAACUGAGUACCAGGCAUGCAUCAUUGUCGACUGA